UAUGGGAUCCUGGCGCAUUCAAGGCUAGGACUUUAACUACUACACUAUUGUGCCAGGCCCUAUCUACUAGGUUUAGCAUAAGGUGAUACUCGGGGAGAAAGAGGCAGCCCUGCCAAUACCUGGAUUUUAGUCCUCUGAGACCCAUGUUGUACUUGGGAAUUCCAGAGCUAUCAUGCGGUAAAUGUGUGUUGAUGACAAAAAUAGAAAGCCAGUAUGUCUCUCCGUACCCAAAGUUCACCAAAGUAAAGAUGGUCUCUCUUUGUGUUUGUGUUUUUUCACCUCAGUAGAAUUACAGAAUGAUGAUAAAGUAAUGCCUUACGAGUGGGACAGUGCACUCUCUAAAUGUGACUUCUCAUUCACAAUGUUGAGUUACUGUUUAUCUCCUUUAGGUUUUCGAUUUGAAGGCUUAAAUAAUGGGAGAAAAAUCCCCUCUUUGCCAGGUAAAGGUCUUGACGUGGAUGGCUUUUGUUGUGCUUUCCGAUGCCCUGAAUUAGGCCUUGUGUUGUUUGCAUUUCCAUGAGACAGUCACCCUGGUUUGCUACUUGGAUGUCUUUUUUUUUCCUAGUUUACUUUGAGACCUAGAGUGGGAAGUGGGGGUGAGUGGGGAGAAGGUGGGGGCAUCUCCCAUCCACUGCUACAUUCCCAAAGUCAGUAACUGAGAACUCAACUUUAGUCUCCCCCAUACGUGGUUGGAACCCAGUUAUUUAAGCUAUCAUCUGCAGCCACCCAGGGUACACAUUGACAGGGAACUGGAAUUUGGGAGCAUAGCUGGGACUUGAGCCAGGCUCCCUGGUGUGGGAUGAAGAGGUUCCAGUGGUCUCAAGCAUGAGGCCAAGCGCCUGUACCCUAAGUGCCUUUGCUCUUGUGUCUCACAGAUUGGUCCUUGUCUUUCUUCAAUGUGCCUUGUCCCCCUGGGACGAUUAUUGGGUUUGAUAGCAUCAGAAAUGCCUUUUCUUGUUUUGUUUCCUACACAGCAGCAACCCAAAUAGGAAGAUGGACUCUGAGCUCUGCGUUGUGACCCAGGAAAGGGCACUGUUCCCUAAAGGUCAAGGUUGAUUAUGUCACUGUGGUCAACACAGGAAGAAAGAACGCUGGACGUCAUUAGAAAGUGCCAGCAAGGACAAGAAGACAUGGAAGCUGAAUGGCCAACUGCCCGGUCCCAGAUACUGGUGACCUUCAAGGAUGUGCUUGUACACUUCACCAAGGAGGAGUGGAAGUUGCUGGACACUGUGCAGCAGCUCAUGUACAGGGACGUCAUGUUGGAGAACUACGAGAACCUGCUUUCCUUGGGCUUCCUGCUUCCUAAGCCAGAUGUGAUCCUAAGGCUGGAGAAGGGAGAAGAGCCCUGGAUAGUGGGCAGAGGCUUUCAUGGCAGGACGUGUUCAGAUUGUGCUACUGGAGUAGAAAUUAAAUCAGUUUCCAGUAAGAGCAUUUCUAAAGAUGAACAGAAAGGAAUGAAAAUGAAAGAAACAGCAAGGAAUGAUCUGUGGUAUUUGUCAUUAGAAGAGGUCUGCACAACUGAAGACCAAGUGGACAGGUAUCAGCAAAACCAAGAGAGACCUUUGAGGCAGGUGGUAUUCACCCAGAAGAAAUUACUUACUCAGGAGAGAGUCUCUGGAAGUGGUGAAUAUGGAGGAAACUGUCUCCUUCCUGCUCAGCUCGUACUGAGGGAAUAUUUCCAUAGACAUGAUUCACAUCCUAAAAGUUUACACCAUGAUUUACUUUGUAAUGGUUAUCAGGAAAGCUGUGCAGGUAACAGUAAUAAAUGUGAUCAAAACUUCAGUCAAAACUUUCACCUUAUCCAAUACACAGAAGACAAUGCCUGCAAGUGUCUUGAUCAGGAUAAUUCUCUUAGUCAUGAUUCAUCUCUUGUGAUAUCAAAGGUCAUACACAGAGAAAAACCAUAUGAAUGUAAAGAAUGUGGAAAGUUCUUCAGCUGGCGCUCUAAUCUGACCAGGCACCAGCUCAUUCAUACUGGACAGAAACCCUAUGAAUGUAAAGAAUGUGGGAAAUCUUUCAGCCGUAGCUCUCACCUCAUUGGACAUCAGAAGACUCAUACUGGUGAAGAACCCUAUGAAUGUAAAGAAUGCGGAAAAUCCUUUAGCUGGCUCUCUCACCUCAUUACCCACCAAAGAACUCAUACAGGAGAUAAACUGUACACAUGUAACCAGUGUGGGAAAUCUUUUGUUCAUAGCUCUCGACUUAUUAGACAUCAGAGAACUCAUACUGGAGAGAAACCCUAUGAAUGUUCUGAAUGUGGCAAAUCUUUCAGACAGAGCACACAUCUCAUUCUUCACCAGAGAACUCAUGUGAGAGUGAGGCCCUAUGAGUGUAAUGAAUGUGGAAAGUCUUACAGCCAGAGGUCUCACCUUGUUGUGCAUUAUAGAAUUCACACUGGACUAAAACCUUUUGAGUGUAAAGACUGUGGGAAAUGUUUUAGUCGAAGCUCUCACCUUUUCUCACAUCAGAGAACCCACACUGGAGAGAAACCUUAUGAAUGUCAUGAUUGUGGGAAAUCCUUCAGCCAGAGUUCUGCCCUUAUUGUGCAUCAGAGAAUUCAUACUGGAGAAAAACCGUAUGAAUGUCAUCAGUGUAGGAAAGCCUUCAUCCGGAAGAAUGACCUCAUUAAGCAUCAGAGAAUUCAUGUUGGAGAAGAGACCUAUAAAUGUAGUCAGUGUGGCAUUAUCUUCAGCGAGAAUUCUCCAUUUAUAGUACAUGAAAUAUCUCAUACUGGAGAGCAGUUCUUAAAGUGCAAUCAGUGUGGGGCAGUGCUCGUUAAGAGCCCUCACCUUACUAAACAUCAGACAAACCACUAAUGAAGACCCUAAUACCACAAAUAAAGAAAACUCCCGAGGAAUGAUGUUUUUGUGUUACAGAUGUUCUGGAGGGAAGCUGUAGAAAUACAAUGUGUGUGGAAAUGCUUGUUAUUACUGUAGUGCACAUUGGAGAAUUUGUCUUGGGGUGGGGAGCUGCACAAACAUUUCAGAAACACUUCAGAUUUUCUAUUUUCAUGAAUAUCUGCUAAAGUAAUUGGGAUGGGAAUGUUCUUAACUAAACUUUUAAGUGCUAAACCUGAGAAGGAAUCAUAAAGUGGAUGUUGAACAAAUGUAACCCAGCUUCAAUACAAUGAGUAAAUGUGUCACUGAAGGGAACAUUUUGCUGAGAAUUAAUAAAUUGGUAGCCAUUACUGCAUCGAGA